AUGUUCCACAUGCGGGGGGGUGCCCGCUGCGUACGGGGGGAACAGCUAGCCAUAGCUUGUUUGAGUCAAGAGGGAGAGGUAUUACAGGCUUGCCCUCCGACCGCACUCGAUCAAGUCAGACGAAUGCUGUUUUCUAAUUCACAAAUGGUGGUGAUGGUGCUGGCUCUGAGUAUGACCUCUGCUGCUUUGGCGGCGGAUGUUGUCAUUGCCAUGAUGCCGAUGAAUCUCUCUGACGUGGAGGUGGAGGAGUUUGCUGGAUUCUAUUUUGAGCCCUAUAGCCCUACGCCCGCAGUUGCGAGGUCGUGUUACGACUACUGUCCGUGCAGUGGCACUCCGCGUGAGAACAUUUCUUCCUGCGAAUGCGAUGUCGCAAAAGUGUGCGGCGGUGAUAUUGCAGUUGACCUCUCCGCUGGCACUACGAUCGAGUUUGAUUGGGUUGCUUCUUCCGACGAGUCGAAGUACAUUACAAUCGAUGGCACAGGCAGGACCAGAAUCGAAUUUCAAGCGACCUUCGACUGUGGAUCUGAUGCCAGCCCUCCUUUCCAGGAGAUUCUUGGAGCAGAUAUCACGUAUGAAGUCGACGCAUUCGAUCGUGACGGUAGUUCGCAGUCGUACAUUUACAACCCUUCCGCCUCUUUUGUCACCCUUGGCAAGUGUGACGGAUGUGGCUCUUGUGAGAUCUAUACCAGGUUGCAGUUCGAUCCCGAAGCCGGUGGAUUGAAGAUGAGUUUCAAGGGCAUCAAGUUUUCUGUCACCUACGAUGCAUCAAAUGUGGUUGCCGAUGAGCAGGUGUAUCAGUGGUCUACGAGUGGCUAUUGUUGGAUGAGGGACUCGCAGGAACGGCGCCAGCUCGGUGGUCGGCUCCUCGCAGAGGACAACGUGUACGCUAUCCAAUUCUGGAGUUGCCUUCGUCCACCCCAACCCCCACGGACGUCCUCGCUUCUGUUGCAAAGCAAUCGUUUGCACAUGGCCUUGUGUACUUCGUUGUUACUGGUUGCGCUAUCUUUUUUACGAAUUGACGAUC